CAGGCAUAGUUGGAGAUACACUCUGAAGGUUGUCUUACAUCUCUGUGACUGAUUUAAUGAGGAAAGAGAUUCACACCAAUAUGGGGACAGACUCUUUUUCUGGUUUCCUGUGUAUCUCUGAUGCUUAGCUAAUAAUUGUGCCUGUUAUCUUCAGGGCACAGAUUCAUUCCAUGACCUGGAUGGAGGCAGGAUGUUCCAGUCAUUUCAUAAGCAAAAAACUGUUCUUGUCCCAAGCUUCAAUGCCUAAAGCAAAUUUUGGCUGCUUCUGUUAAUGGAAGCAAUGGGCAUUUUAGGAAUCAUUGGGAACAUCUACACCUCAGUGUAUGGUGAAAUUGCUACUGCGCCAUGCUUUAGUACUUCCUUUAGAGAGUACUAAAGCAUGGUGUAGUAUGGGAGGUUACUGUGCCAUACAUGCAGUGCAUGGGUAGAUUUUGCCACUAAGUUGCCAUAGCAGCACACUAUACCUGGGGAGCGCACCACUGCAGCAAUGUAGCUGGCAAUCAUGUGUGGACACACAUAAUUACUACAUCACCGGAGCAUGCCAUAAGGCGAUGUAGCGCAUCAUUAUGUCAACAUAGUGUGAUGUGUAGAUGCGCCCAGUCUUUCUUUACUUUGAACUUGGUAAUGGUCACUACCCUAUAGGGACCUCACUCUGGCAGUUUCUAUUGAGGAAGGGGGAGUAAGAUAGGCAUGAAUGCUUUCAAUUCCAUACUUUGGCUUUCUUCCCUUCCCUUCCUUUUCCAUUUGUGUGAAGUAGUGGAAAAGGCAGGCAAAGGCACUUGAAGACUUAGGCGAGAGUCUUGAAGCUCUCUUUGUUCUCUGAUCUCUGAAGUGGGAUGGGGGGGAUGUUAACUUAAGCUCCAAUGUUUUGCCUUUAGCAGGAGAGUAGUCAACUUUUUUGCUCCUAUAUCACUCCAUCUUCUCCAACUCUUUCUUUGGCCCUCAUCCUUAACCUUAUCUAAAACAGGAAAUUCAAGAAAGCACUGUGAAAGAUCUCUCCAAAACACACAUGUUGGAGUCAUAAGACACAAAGCAGAUACUUUGGGGCAUUUUGGGGAUGAAAUAGACAUGACAAAAUGUAGCAUUUCACCAUCUCUUCUUCUUUGCUUGCAGGGCAGUCGUCUUGAUGAGCAAAGAUGUUCACUUCCAGCUCCACUCAAGAGGGAAGAGGAGUAUAUUCCAUACCCCAGCAUCCAUGAGGUGUUACGGAAAGGUUGGCCAUACCCCCUUAUUAUCUUACCCCAGUUUGGGGGUUACUGGAUUGAAGGGACCACCCACAGUUUCUCCAACUUGACCCAGGUUCCGUCUGAUCUGCCAUCCCCUUGCAGUGGUAAAGUGAAGUUGGAGUGUGACCCCACAGCAAAGCUGUAUCGCAAAUACUUCCUUGGAAAGGAGCACCAGAACUUUUACUCCAAUGACACAACCUUGGGCUACCUAAUUCUUUCUGUGAAGUAUGAGCAGAUUGAGAAGCAGGACAAUCUACGCCUAUUGCUAAGGACUCGAACUGGCACCAAACAUGACUUAAUCCCCAUUUCCUGCCUGAAUGAGUUUCCCAAUGCUGUUCAGAUGGCAAAGCUGCUCUGUGAAGAUGUGAAUGUUGACCGAUUCUUCCCUGUUCUCUACCCCAAGGCUUCACAGCUCAUUGUUGCAUUCGAUGAACAUGUUAUCAGCAAUAACUUCAAAUUUGGGGUCAUAUACCAGAAACCUGGCCAGACCACUGAGGAAGAGGUCUUCAGUAACACUGAGGAGAGUUUGGGCUUCCUGGAGUUCCUGGAGUUCCUUGGAGACAGGAUCCAACUGCAGGAUUUUCGUGGGUUCCGGGGAGGUUUGGAUGUCACUAGGGGUCAAACAGGCACUGAAUCAGUCUAUACAAAUUUCCGAGGCAAGGAGAUCAUGUUCCAUGUGUCUACGAAGCUGCCCUUCACAGAGGGAGAUGCUCAGCAGCUACAGCGGAAGCGUCACAUUGGGAACGACAUUGUAGCCAUCAUUUUCCAGGAUGAAAACACACCCUUUGUUCCUGACAUGAUUGCUUCUAAUUUCCUACAUGCCUAUGUGGUGGUACAGCUUACAUAUGAUGCCAGCAGGGAAACCUUAUACAAGGUUUCAGUUACUGCCCGAGAUGAUGUCCCCUUCUUUGGGCCCCCUCUGCCAAACUCAGCCUUGUUUAAAAAGAGUGCAGAAUUCCGCGAGUUCCUCUUGGCUAAACUCAUCAAUGCUGAGUACAGCUGCUACAGAGCUGAGAAGUUUGCCAAACUAGAGGAGCGCACCCGCAGUGCCCUCUUGGAGAGUCUUUUUGAGGAGCUGCAGCUUCGCAGCCGCAACAUGAUGGGCCUGGCCUCUGGGGAGGAUGACAAGAUGGAAAAUGGAAGUGGUGGCUUCUUUGAGAACUUCAAGCGGGUGAUCCGGGGCCGCAGCCAGAGCCUGGAUACUAUGGGUAUGGCCGUGAGGAAACAACAGCAGCCAGCAACCCCACCAAACCGCCCGGGUACAGCUGGCCUUGCCCUCAACCAGAGUGUCGCCGAGGGCCCCAAGGCUAUUGCUGCGUCUUUUGCCCUACCUGGAAGGAGUCCAUCACGUACCCGAGGCAGCCGUUUCCACAGUCGACGCAGCAGUGCUAUUGGCAUUGAGAACAUCCAGGAGGAGAAGAGUAAGGAUGUUGCUGAGGGGAUCCAGAAGGUGGUUGAUAGUCCAGGACCUUUACUUGACCUGAAGUCUGAUGGAUCCUCCAGUCCCAGCUCCCCAGAAUUCCCAAAUAGGAAGAGCAAAACCCUCUCCAAUCAAAGCUCAGGAUAUUGUGUGAUGCAGCCACUCUCGCGCUCCUCUUCCAAUGUGAGCAGCUGUUGUAGUGGAGUGAGGGAAAAUGAAACAUCUGAGGAAGAGGAGAAUGAGACGGAGCUGAUGUGCUCUGUCUCGGGCCCUCAGAAGCGGGAUUCCUUGGUUCAGAGUGUGUGGCUGGAUGACAUUGUCUGCACACCCAGCAGUGGCAGUUCACCAGGUUCUGCAGCUGCAGCCAGGAUGAACCAUCAGGGUCUCUGCCAGCCUUGGCUGGGGCCCUGCAGAUGUGCUGACUGGCAGUGCAGGACCCAGGACUGGACCCAGCUGCUGGACCAGCUGGGCACAGUGGCUGAGGAGCACCUGCUGGACUCAUGGGCCUGAUGCUCAGUGGACGUUGCCCAUGAGGAAGCGAGGAGCCGGCAGAAGGCCAGGAACCAACACAAGGAGGCCAGGGACUGGUGCGAGGAAGAAAGGGCCGGAAGGAGGAUUGGGCGGACCAGAAGUGCAGGGAAAGGCUCCUGGUCCUGGAGCAGCAGGCUAUCCUAGUGACUAGGGCAGUGGAAGCAAUGGAGGAGGACCACUGGGUGCUAGACACCAUCGUGGCCCUGGCAGUUGCCUUUGUGCUGUCCACUGCCCUGCCCCUAGCCACAGCCCCACCUGACCCCUGGCAGCUGCCCAUCACCCAGCAACAGGCCCCUCUGUGGGCCUGGGCUGGGGUGUAUUGGCACCUCCACAGGUCAGGAGCCCCUGCCCUGGCCCCUGGCUUAUGUCCCCUGCCACCCA